CACUCACUCACUCUAUCGCUUUCGUUCCCCCAAUCCAAACCUACUGGAUGUGCUUGCUGAGGCUCAGCAGCACGAGAGAGAGAGACUAUACCUGGAUUUACACUGAAAGAGAGAGAGAGAGAGACGCACACGCUAAGAAAAAAAAGAGAAAGAGAGAGAGAGAGACAAGCAGCGAGAGAUGAGGAUAUAGGUGGCUGCUGCUCGUCGCCACUCUUUUUUUUGCAUCCUAAAGGCACGGGAUUGCAAUUAAAGUGAGGCUCAACAUUUUUCUUUUUGGGAAACAAUCAUUUUUCCCCCUUUCCCUCCUUUCCUCUCCUCUUCUCUUCUCCCACCACAUCGCUCCCUCUCUCUUUCUGAUCUGCAUCACUACUACUACUACUAUUACUACUAUUACUACUACUGCUGCACUUCCAGAAGGAUCUCAAGACUUCUUGUUUUUUUUUUUUCUUUUCCUUUUUCUUGUCCUUCUUCUUACUGGGGUCUUUUUCUUGCAUUUCUCGUGUUUCUCGUUUUUUUUGUACGCACGCUCGAGGAUCAUCAUCAUUAUCAUCACCAGCAACAGCGAAGCAAAACCAAAACAAACGCUCUAUCUAACAUUUCGCGAGCCUCAGGAUGGACGUGCUGGCGAAUUACAGUAUCUUUCAGGAACUUCAGCUCGUCCACGACACCGGCUACUUCUCAGCGCUCCCGUCGCUGGAGGAAAACUGGCAGCAGACAUGUUUGGAGCUGGAGCGGUACCUUCAGACAGAGCCUAAGAGGCUUUCUGACCUCUUCGAUGAGGAGCUGGACUGCCUCCUGACGCCCGCAUUCAUGAAAGGCGACAGCGACGAGGACCUAAUGGACCCAUUGCUGUCUGGUCUAGCCAACCAGCCCAGUCCUCCGCCACCGUUGCUUGUCUCCCUGCCCAAGAGCCUCCACAUCCCUGCCAGUGGAAAACCAGCAGAAGUAUUGGUAGGAAAAGAAGGCAGCGGAGGUGUGAACCCAGCGCAACUGAGUGCAGUCACCUCUCUCACGCCACCCUCUUCGCCCGAGCUGGGCCGGCACCUGGUCAAGCCCACGCAGACUUUGAGCGCCACGGCCGAUGGCACGCUCACGCUCAAGCUGGUGGCCAAGAAAGUGGGAUUGGGAGCAGCCAAGCUUGUGGCAACGCACUCACUACCCUCACCACCCAGCCGAGGAGCACAGAGUGAUGGAGAGGGAGGCGUGGGAUCGGUGGGAGUCAACGACAUCCCAGAGAACAAGAAGAGGGUCCACCGCUGCCAAUUCAACGGCUGCAGGAAGGUUUACACAAAGAGCUCCCACUUGAAGGCACACCAGAGGACACACACAGGUGAGAAGCCGUACAAAUGCUCCUGGGAAGGCUGUGAGUGGCGCUUCGCCCGCAGCGACGAGCUGACUAGGCACUACCGCAAACACACCGGCGCCAAGCCCUUCAAGUGCAACCACUGCGACAGGUGUUUCUCCAGGUCUGACCAUUUGGCUCUGCACAUGAAGAGGCACAUCUGAGGGAGGAGGAGAGGAGACCGAAAGCGAGGAAGACUGGGAGAGAGAGAAAAGAGAGGAAGAGAGAGAGCGAGGAAGAAAGAGAGAGAGAAGGGGAGAGCGAGUUUGCUGGUUUGCUCUCGCCUCAUCCAGAGAAGAAGAAGGCAACCCCUGUGGAGAACUCAAAAACUAAACCGCCUGAGCUUCCUGAGAGGAAAGGGGGAGGAGGCUUUUUUAUUCCAGGAAUCAUGAGGCAAGGAGAUUCUGAGGGCAGAGCUUACUGGAUCCAUCACUUCUCCGGACCAUUCCAUGCCAUUUUCUCAUCUUUUUAAAACCCGGUUAAUUAGCCCGAUGCACUUAGCUCGGGAGUCAGACACUGCCAAACUGCCGCCGUUUCGUUUUUGUCUUUGCCGUUCUUUGUACAGUCAAAUCAAAAUCAAAUGUCAACAACAGGUGCAGGUGCAGGACAAUAAGCCGAACCUGUGGACAACGCUGUGAGGGUGCACCUCACAUUCAUUCACAACGCUUCUGCUGUAGAAGUGGUAGAAAUGUAAACGUCUCCCAAAAGAGUCAUGCACUCCUGACGCCUUCUUCCAGUAAAGUAGUCCUCCCUUGGAGGGCUCAUCAUCCCGAUGGGAUCCCGCCAUAUCCAUGAAGCUCGCCGCUCUGGAAGAUGAUGUUGCCAAAAAUGGAAAAACAAACAAACCUUCCGGACGGAAACCAGCGAAGCCGGUAGGGCCGAGGCCCUGUUGUAAGCAAGGCCCAAUGUGGCUGAAGGACUUUCCUUGCUCUUGGCUUGCGAGUGCACCUCCCUUCUCUCAUUCUUUCGCGCCUGUCCCCUCGCAGGCAACUGAAACAAAUGCGCAGCGACACUUUCUUGCCUUUGUUUUUUUUUUGUAAAAGACAGUGUUACAAAAAAAAGAGAACGAUUGUUUCUGAACUGAACAUGUCUUAAAACUUAUCAGAAAACAACAACAACAGAAAACUUGUAAAAGACUUUUUUUGCAUACACGAGCGUGAAUGUGCACAUAUGGUCACGGGGGGGUGGGGGGUGGUUGGGUGGUUGGGAAGGGGGUUUGGGAAUGGGUAAAAAGAGUCAGAGUUGGACAAAGCGUCCCUUCUCUGAAAGGUUCAAUUCAGCAGCACCUAACUUCUUAACACUGACAGGAUGGAAGCGCGACAGGACAAAGCCCGAAAGGAUCCAGGACUCUACUGACUUGCGACGGGAAGAAACAGACAGGCCCUGUGUUUUUCUGCUUUCCGUUUCGCUCCAUUCCAAACAAAAACCCCAACAAACUCUCGCGCAGCAAAAAAGAAAAGCGUGACGCUUCUCAACACUGGAAACGUUCGUUGGCUCUGUGCUGAUACUGGCGCCCAUACUGGAGCUCAAGCCUCUCACAGAGGAGGAAGGGCAUUAGAGGAAAGCAGAAAGUAGAGCAGUCGGGACGUGCUUUUUUUUUUUUUUUGGAAUCUUCUCGGACUGGAGACGCCUGCCGGCAUCAGAAUCCACGAAAAAGAAAUGAAAAAAAAAUGAGAACACGAUGGCAUCAGGCCAGACGAACUUUUGCCUGUUUCGUAUCCAUUGUCUACACUGACUUUUUUCAAUGUCCUCUGUGCUUUUUUUUCCAUACAGACAAAAAAUAAAAAAAAAAACACAAAAACACCAAAAGGAGACAAAAAAAUCUGAAAACAAUAAAAAAGACAAACAAAUCUCUCUCAAAUAGACACGCGCACGCAACAAGGAAACACACAAUGGUUUCUUAGCUCACGGCUCUUUUUUGGAAAUAACGUUGAAAAGCAAAACAAAAUGAAACAAAAAAAACGGGGGGGAAAUAAUGACGGAGUUAAUGAACAGAGAUACAGAGAAACAAAACACUGCAUGGCAGCCUCUCGCAAACAUACACACUUACAUACACACUUACACACACACACACACGGUUCAACACGCACGCCUGAUUGCUUCCCGGCGAUAUUUGUUCUACUCCGAUAUCUUUUCGCAGUAGGGUUGGGGUUUUUUUUCUCCUUUUCUUUUAGCCGUUGUUGUUUUGGAGGAGGAUUUCUUUGCGCCUGAAGUCAAGCUUUGAAGUGGGAACGCGAGAGCUCAUUCGUAUGUUCUCGCCGUCGCGCUAAACUGGGCCUAGGCUUAGCUCUAGCUUAACAAUCAGCUUCUAAAUCGUUAGGGAUAAAUCCGCACGGCUGUUCCCAAGGUUUCUGCAAAAGCCCUCCGCGGCCUAUGACGCUCCUCUCCUCUGUUAGGUGGUAGGUUAACAAAGGUGAAGGUGAAGUCGGAAGGAUGGGGGACGGGGAUUUAAAGCCAUCGAAACUAAACGGACCCACAACACGGCCUUCAGGGGAACCUUACAACACGAUCGAUACCAAAAAAAUCCUCAGUGCGUACAGCUGCCCAGGCACAGCAGGCCAGGCGCUGCUCUCCGUAUGGCAGCUCCUCCUCCACCAACACACAGAGACAAACAUUUACACACAAAAAAACACGUACACACACACACACAUACUUGUGCGUGCACACACUCACACUCUUCGACCACAAGGACUGAACAAUCUGCUCUAGGCGAACUUGGAUUUUUUGCUAUUCACUUUUUUUGGUUUUCGGAUUUGUAUGCUCAAAACCUUUUUGUAUUUUCACUCUUCUGCUUCAUGGGUUUCUUUUUCUUUUUCAUUUGUUGUUCUUGAUGUCUUGUUGUUGAUGUUGAUCUCCACUGAGAUGCAAAGGAUGCCAAAAUAAUCGAAAGUGGAGGGAUGAUGUUGCUUGACCCCUUCCACACUCUUGCGUACAAUCAAACUUGGGGUUAUUAUGCGGCACUUUCUGAUUGUAAGUCUUGUCGGCGCAAGCGAAGCAGGGCACACAUUCCACGAGGAAUACUGGUUCAGUGUCAUAUUAGCAUUGGGAAUAACACUACAUGCCCCAUUGGAGACACCAGUUGUGGGACACCAGGGUUGUUUCGCGGCAGCCAGUGCAAUAGGAUUUAGAAUUUUGCAAUAGAACUUAGGAGAAGCAUAGGUCAACAAAAUUUAUGAAAGAUGGUGGGCAGCCCCGCGAAAACCCAACCUUAUGUUGAAGCCAGUCUCCCACAACAGUCUCCCACAAUCUCGUAAAAAAGGUUUCUUAAAAAUAAUGCCAGUCACCGUGCAAAAGAAUGCAGCAAGAAUGCUCAACCAGAAAACGUGAAAAAGUGUCAUAUCGUUCCUUUCAUCCGAAGGGACACAGAUUCAUCAGAGGAAUAUGCAGAUCCGACGACGUGUAUCAUCUAUUCCGAACUGUACAUUGCCACUGUAAAUGCAAGAAGCUAUUUUUUUGAGGAGGAAGAUAUUAUUAACGUUCCAGAACGUACCAAAUGAAUACGACUUAUGAGGCCAAUCCAAUAGAAUAGCAAUCAGCAUGCUACAGACAUCGCCUGCACUUGCUGAGGUUUGAUCAAACCCCCUAUUCCCAACCCACCCCCAGUCCCACCCCACCCCACCCCACCUCGCCUUCUCUCUCCGCACUACGCUAAUGACAGCAGUGAUCAAUGCACAAUCAACUGCAGGAACAUCACCAGAUACAUGCUAACUAACACUUUGCCCAAAGAUUCACGUGUCUGCCGGGUGUUGAAGAACUAGGAGUUUAAGAAGCGAGAGAACGAGGCUGUUUGUUUUCGUUUGUUUGCGCUUCGUUAUGACUACGUUAUCACUUAAAACUCUAUCCUAACCCCUACCCAAGCCCAUUUUUAGAGUUUCUUCCUUAGUUUCUUUCUUUUUUUCUUUCUUUCUUUUUUUCCUUUCUUUUCCUGAGCAUCAGCGUUUGUGUGUGUGUGUGAGACCAUCGUCAUGGUCUUUGGGUAUGUGUGUGCUUUGUAAUAUAGUCAUACUGGUUUGUUCGCCAAGCUGAGGGUGAUUUAUUUGAUUCUUUUUUCAGAGUAGCAGUGCAGCAGCGGCAGCGAAGUAGUCGCACUGGUUUUAGUACACUGCAUAUAUUACAGUGGAGUUGAAUCUUUCUGAAGGAUGUUGAAGGUAGAACGAGUCUUCGGAAGGUCAGAAUUGCCUGUCGGAAACUUUCCCAGACCAAAUAUCUUGAAUCCUCUCUCGAAAUUUGUAAAUUUGGGUAAUCAAAGCGAAUUCUCUAUCGCUCACACUGGAUUUCAGAUGCUUUUUACAGCUAUUUAUCUUAUAAUAAAAAAAAAGAGGGAACAGUUAAAUCAUCAUCCAUUUAAGCCACCUUCUAGUGAAGUAAAUCCCCAGCUGUUACAUUUUGGCUUAAGUGGAGCUUUUCCGGGCACUUUUAUUAACUGCUCCCACACAGAUAAGAACGAUGAACCAGAGGGAUCUUUUCUGAACACAGGCAAACGGUCUCGGUCGACUCGAACUCCUCUUACUCACAGAUUGUAGGUGUUCCGUUCCUUAGUUGAAACAGAACUUUAAACAGAACCAUUUCAAUGCAUACCAUAACGCACUUUGUGUACCGCUAUCUUAGACUGUCAGUCCGCACCACCAUCGUCCAGUGUCCACUAUAUGUCUAUAUGACUGGUUUCAAGAUGUACCUGUCACAGGAACUUAUGAGCUCUAGGAUGUUUUUGACUGAUGCAAUGGAAAUUUACUUCAAAAUGUACUUCACUGUAAUCUGUUUGAAAGAGAACAGUAAAACCAUGCCAGGUGGAGCACUUCAAGAUCAUGGAGCAUUUAGGAUUACCUAGCUACAGUUAGUAAACCUCACUGAAGCUCAGUGAUUACCUGUCCACCAUACAAAACAUAGCCAACUCUGCUGUUAUCUAUAAGUGGCCACACCCAGGGUGUGUUGAUAUGGGACUGGGGGAAUGGGCGAUGGGCAGGGCGAUUUGGAAGGCUCCAUCCCACACAGAUUUCCAUGACAUACCACAAAGUUUAAAUUAAAAAAUUAAAAAACUGACCAAAUUCCUUCUGUCAAGAGCUUACAUUGCUUGGAGUUCCUACAGAAAAUAUAAUAUAAUCCGUAAUGGUCCUUUAAUUAAUGCCAAAUUAGUCAAGGGGGUUAAACAAGGUUUUCAUCAUUGCCACCAAAAAAGACCAUACCUUAGAUUACAAAUCAUAUUUUAGAAGAUCAGGACAAGAUCAAAUCUCCUUAUUCAGCAGGUCAUGGCAAGUCCUUUUUCUUGAUUGGAUUGAAAGCCUGUGGCAAUGUCAGUCUUUAAUGACCUCAGCACUAGUCUCAUAUCAAGGGUCAUUGACCAGCACAGUAAAAUCAUUGUCAUUGUAUUCAAUCAGCUGCUGGUGUCUGUAUAUACAUAGACCUCUGAGUAUCUCUUUUUUAUAGUAACAAGAUAAUGAAAAAAGUUUGUUUUCCAUUCUGGACAUUUUGGGCCGUUCAUUCCAAUUGGUCUGCUCCACUUGAUGAAGGGUAGCUGCUGUUUUUUACCACAUCAGUGGCAAUGUAAAGAAUUAAAAAAAACAUUUAAAUAAGGUCUUGACAUGACAGCAGCAUUUGGAUUUCCAAUUAGGGCCAUAUAUACAGUACAGUUAUCAAAAAAGGUGGUUCUUCAAGACCCUGAUCACUCAAAGGAUGGUCUAGGUUUUUAUAUGGUUAUAUGUUUGGCAAAAAUCUAUCUUAAGUCCAUGUUUUGCUGGUUUUAGUAACUGGUUUCAGAUGGUCUAAGCUGGUUGUCCGAGCACAACCCCACCCUAUAAUUAGUUCUUGAUUUUUUAGUUCCAUGGACUAAGCUGUUUUUCCUACUGGAGGAUCACUUUGGACAAGCAUCCUUAGGCUGGUCAACCUUUGGCAAGUGGUAAAUAAGGUUUACCAUGUUGUUGGACCAGCUAAACCAUCAAAUUAAAAUGAGAACAAACCUAUUUGCUGGUCAACCAGCUUAACCAUCUUGAGCUCCAACAUCUCCCAGGGUGUCUCCAAGUCUGAGCAUCCCAGCCCAUUAGUCAAUCUACUUUGAGUAAAACUACAUUCAAGUCUAGCUGGCAUUGGUUUUACUGUGUCUCAUUUUACAAAAUCUCAUCACGUUUCUAUGUGGUUCACAAUUAGUAUGAUCAAAAUCGAAGCCUGUCAUUUAAGGGGUUCAGUCCUUAGGUUCACGUCCUGUGCUGCAGAGUGCAUCUUGGAGUCAGUCUACCGUGCUUUUCCGAAAACGUAUUGACUUUACCACACCUUUCCUUUCACCACCCCAUCCUCUAUCUCACAUCUGUCUUACCCUGCAUCAGCAGGACAUCCACCUGAUCAGCUCCUAGAGACAGACUCCUCAAACAACCACCUUCCUUCCGCUAUCAUGCCGCCGCUUCCGUAGAGUGAGAGAGCGAGCUUGCCGUAUGCGUGUUCGGCUGGCCAGAGGCCACAACCUUUUACUUGUGAACGUCCCAGGCAGUCCACUAACCAGGGAGCAACUAAACCCAACAACAGACCUCAGCUGAAACGCUUCGAAACGUUUUGAAACGCUUUUUUUAUUUCUCGAACAGGUGCUUCUCGCUUCGGCCACUCUCCUCCACCGCCGUCAGCCCCCUCUCAACCCCUUAACCCCUCACGGUGGGGGGCGGCAGUUGACGGUCUGCGCGGGUUUUGUCGGAUAACAAAAGGGAGUUCAGUAAAUGCCAUGUUUCACAUAGAAAAUACACAUUUGUACAGGUUGUAGUUUCUAGCUAGAGCAUCCCCCCCUCCGAUCCACAAUCACCCUAUCACCACAAUAUCAUCUUCACCAUUAUUCACUUAUUCACUGUUAUUCUCAUCAUCCCUACCUAGCUAUCCACACCACCACCACCGCACCCUUCACUUCCAGCUACCAUCACGCUUCACACUUCCUCUAUGUUGGUUUUUCAGUUGAAUUUGAAUUGAAUUCUUAUUCUGAUUCGGUUCCUUGUUUUUUAUUUUCGUUCUUCUCCUUUUUGAUUUGCUGUAUAAAGUGUUUAAAAUAUUAUUAUUAUUUGUAUGAUAUAAUGUUAGUAUGGUAAUGUUCUUUAUUAAGGAAGAAGAUAAAAAUUUAUUUUUGUUACUGGUCUGUUUCAUAAUUCUUUUUUAAAUUGGUAUUGUAAAAUAUCUAUGCAAGAACUGUUCAGUGGAGCAUUUUUAUUUAAGAAUGUAAUAUGUGUAAUAAAUGGUAGAAUCUGAA